UUUUCUCUCUUUAGGCUGCCACAUCAUCGCCCCUUCUGAUAUGAUGGAUGGACGAAUUGCAGCCAUUAAGCAAGCACUAAUCAGUAAUGAUCUUGGCAACAAGGUGUCAGUGCUGAGCUACAGUGCUAAAUUUGCCUCCUGCUACUAUGGACCAUUCAGGGAUGCUGCCCAGUCUAAACCUGCUUUUGGAGACAGACGAUGCUAUCAGCUUCCCCCUGGUGCCAGAGGACUAGCACUGCGGGCCUGUGACCGGGAUGUGAAAGAAGGUGCUGACAUGCUGAUGGUGAAACCUGGAUUACCAUACCUUGAUAUUGUGAGAGAGGUCAAGAAUAAGGUAAUAACUGUAGAGUCAGUGUUAUUAUAUUUCUGAAUUGUGAGUCCUUGU